AUGAGGUUAUCUCCUUUAUUCCUAUUUCUUGGCUCGACCCUGCUCUCAGGGGUGCAGGCAGCAGGAAAAGACCAAGAUGAUCGGGAAAACACCUCCUUCAACUCAAUGAAGGUACCCCCACUACUUGAGCUGACACCCGACACUUUUGAUAAGGAGGUGAAGUCUUCGCAGUUUAUGCUUAUCAAGCACUACAGCCCUUACUGCCCGCAUUGCAUAGAUUAUGCGCCGAUUUUCCAGACGCUGUACGAGUUCUACUACACUUCGAAGCCCGAGAAGGAGGACAAGCCCUUCACAGAAUUUUAUGACUUCCGCUUCGCCACAGUGAACUGCGUGGCAUACUACGACCUUUGCGCUUCCCACAAAGUCGCAUCAUACCCUAGCACCAUCCUUUACAAGAACGGCGAACAAGUCGAAUUAAUCAAGGGAGUCAAGGAAAUUGACCAGGUUAGCCCCAUCAUCGAAAAGUACCUCGAAGCCGCCAAACCCGGAUCAAGACCCCGAAGCCUCCAACUUCCUGAGGCUGGCGAUAAGUACUCUCCCGACAAAGCGCCCGCCAAGGCCGACGAUCCUAAGAAGGCGGCAGACGACAAGGCCGACGUUAAAACUGAUGCGAAGACCGACGACAAGGCCGAUUCCAAGGCCCCCGCAAAGGCUGAGGAGAAGCCUGAUGUGAAGGCGCCGCCCAAGGAAGAGUCCAAAACCCCGCCAAAAGCACCUCCUGCGAAGGAUGAAAAAGUGCCCGCAAAGGCAGAUGAGAAGACCGAGGCAAAGACUGAGGCAAAGACUGAUGCAAAGACUGAUGCAAAGGCUGAUUCGAAGCCUGACGCAAAGGCCGAUGCUGCCAAGGUGGAGACUAAGCCAUCUACCACUGCCGAGAAGGCUGUUACGGCUCCCACCAGGGCCAUUGUCAAGAAACCUACCGUCACUCCUAACAAGGAAGGCAUAUCUGUGCCUCUUACUGCUGAAAAGUUCCAGACUCUGGUUACAAUGACCCAGGAUCCCUGGUUCGUCAAGUUUUACGCACCAUGGUGCCAUCAUUGUCAGGCCAUGGCGCCUAACUGGCAGCAGUUGGCCAAGGAGAUGAAGGGCAAGCUAAACGUUGGAGAGGUGAACUGCGACGUGGAGUCGAGGCUUUGCAAGGAUGUCCGCCUUCACGGCUACCCCACCAUUCUUUUCUUCAAGGGCGGCGAGCGUGUCGAAUAUGACGGUCUUAGAGGCCUCGGCGACUUCGUUCACUACGCUGAGAAGGCUAUCGAUAUCUCUGAGGGAGUCCAGGAUGUGGAUGCCGAGUCUCUGAAGGUCCUCGAAGAGAAGGAAGAGGUUAUUUUCAUCUACUUCUACGAUCAUGCUACUACCACCGAGGAUUUCAUGGCUCUCGAGCGUCUGCCUCUCAGCCUGAUCGGCAAGGCCAAGCUUGUGAAGACGAAGGACCCCGUCCUUUACUCCCGCUACAAAAUCACCACCUGGCCCCGAUUGCUUGUUUCCCGAGAAGGUCGCCCUACAUACUACCAGCCGCUCACACCUAAGGAGAUGCGUGAUGUCCAUGGCGUAUUGCACUGGAUGAAGUCAGUUUGGUUGCCGAUCGUUCCCGAAAUGACGGCUUCCAACGCCCGCGAGAUCAUGGAUGGCAAAAUUGUUGUUCUUGGUAUCGUCAACAGAGAGGACCAGGAUGGCUUCUUGAGAGCCAAGCGCGAGUUGAAGAGCGCCGCCAAUGAGUGGAUGGACAAGCAGAUUCUUCUGUUUCAGCAUGAGCGACAAGACCUGCGCGAUGCUAAGCAGCUUCGAAUUGAUGAGGCUGAGGACCGUGGCGACCAGCGUGCCUUGCGACAGGCCAAGGCUAUUCGUAUCAAUAUGGACAAGUCUGAUCGGAAGCAGGUUGGCUUCGCUUGGGUCGAUGCCGUGUUCUGGCAGAGAUGGAUUCGUACUACUUAUGGCAUCGAUACCAAGGACGGGGAUCGUGUUAUCAUCAACGAUGAAGAUAACCGCCGCUACUGGGAUACUACCAUCACUGGUAACAACAUUCUUCUGUCACGCACAUCGAUCUUGGAGACCAUCGGCAAGGUCGUCACUUCGCCGCCCAAAAUCAAGCCCAAGCUCACCAUCUCGAGCUUCGAGAAGGUUUUCUUCGACAUGCGCGUUACUUUUGUCGAGCAUCCCUACCUGACGAUGGGCUGCAUUCUCGGCUUAGCUCUUGGUGCUGCUUCCUGGUUCCGCGGCCGCGUUCGCCGUGGCCGUGGCGGUCACUUCCGGCUGGAGGAGUCCUGGGGCAACAAAGAGCUUAUGAAGGAGGGUUUGCUGGGACCCAACGGUAACGGCAAGGUGGACUAG